CAAGCCAGCGUGACCCGUCGAUUCUAUUGACUCUACAUGUAUUAACUCUGCUAACGUUGCAGAGUAUUACGCUGGAUCGUCCAAAGUCAACGUUUACCCUGUUGCAGUUCCACGCGCUUGAAUGGUCGUUGGGUAGUCCCCAGUACCAGCCAAAGGCUACACCAACCUAACACCUCACUCUUCAUUCCUCCUCCUACCAAGCACAAGCCUCCCAUUCAACCAAGUCCAAGCCCACCAAAGCAUGGCGACCAGCUACGCCGAAGUAGCGUCGCCCAAGCCGGUGACGGCCUUCGACGAGGCCAACAAGGCCGCGGCUCGGCUCAUCAAGCCCAAGACGAUCCUGUACACGAGCGCGCUGCUGUCGUGGCUGCAGCCCUUCCAGAGCGGCUGGUCCACGGCGCAGAUGAACCUGUCGCAGUACAACGACACGGACGAGUGCAACGCGCGCCCCGUGGCCGAGGACACGUGCCUCAUGUUCCCGGGCCACUCCAAGCUCGAGUGGACGUUCGCCGUCAACGCGUGGAUCUUCGGGGCCAUGGUCGGCUCGCUGAGCUGCGGCCACUUCAGCGACAAGUUCGGCCGCAAGAAGGCGCUCAUGGGCAACUGCGUCUUCAUGCUGCUCGGCGGCGUCAUCCAGGCCUCGGUGUCGAACGUUUGGUUGUUCGCUCUGGGCCGCCUCAUCGCCGGCCUCUCGUCGGGUACAGCCACGGCCACGAUCGGCGGCUACAUCAACGAGCUGUCGCCGCCGCACAUGCGCAACACGCUGGGUCUGGGCCUUCAGAUCUUCACGACGCUCGGCAUCUUAGUGCCCGCGAUCUGCUUCUUCUUCGCCAACACCAGCAGCGGCUGGCGCUACCUGGCCGCCUUCCCGUGCGUCUUGGCGUUGAUCUACCUGUUGCUGGCCCCCUCAAUGGCGAUCGAGAGUCCGGCGUGGCUGCUCACCAAGGGCCGAAGGGAGGAGGCGAAGCAGGUGAUCGCUAAUCUGUAUGGCGAGGAGCACGUGGCCACUGCGCUGUCGUGGCUCGAGGUGAGCAAGCCCCACGCGGAGGAGGGCAAUUCUACCUCCAAGGAGUCCAUGUUCGCCCCGCGCUACCGCAUGCAGCUCCUCGGCGGGCUGCUGCUCUCGUGCUCCCAGCAGUUGUCCGGUAUCAACGCCGUGUUCUACUACUCCGGUAGUAUCUUCUCCGACGCUGGCAUCUCGGACUCGCGCAUCGGUACGCUGAUCAUCAACUUCAUCAACAUCUUCCCGGCCUUCUUCACUGGCGUCUUGGCCAACCGCUUCGGGGCUCGGAACAUGAUCCUGUGGGGGCUGGCGGGCAUGGUGGUGAUGGCCGUGGGCAUGACGGUGGCCUUCAUUGUGGACGUACCGGCGCUCUCGAUCGUCUUCACGGCGCUGUACGUGAUCGCGUUCGGCGUGACGCUGGGGCCGCUGGUGUGGGUCAUGACGGCCGACAUAUUCCCGGACUCGAUCCGCGCGAGCGCGUCGUCGCUCUGCAUCGGCGUCAACUGGCUCUGCAACCUCAUCGUGGGCGUGGCCUACCCGUACAUCUCGGACGCGCUCGACGACUACGCCUACGUGCCGUUCGUGGUGCUGCUGGCGAUCUUCUACCUGCUGGGCCUCAAGCUCGUGCCGGAGACGUCGGGCAAGUCGGCCGAGGAGAUCCUGGCUGAGUACGACUCGCGCCGCGAGAGGGCUGCGAACUAG